GCCCGGACUGGUCGUGCAAAAAGAGUAGAUGGGAUGCAUUGACCACCGUUUUCAAACACUGACCGGCGCGAGCUUACCUUGAUUUAGCAUCGGAAAGAUGCCUUUGCAAAUGACAGCCCAUCUCCAGCUCCUGCUGGCUGUGGGCUCGGCCGUCCUCUGCUUCCUGCUCCUGCUCAGCUGCUUCCUGUGCUGGCGUCGCCGGUGCUCCCGUCUCCUUGGCGACAAGGAAGCCGCCCUCUCCUUCCCUCCCGUGUCCUCCGACCCCACUCUGGUCGCCCCGGCAACCCCAUGGCCCUCCAUCGGCCUGCUCCCCGUGCGGCAGCAGUACGAGGAGCUGGACGGAGACGUGAUGGAGUUCCCUUGCCCCUCCUCACACUCGCACUCGCCCUCGCCCUCUCCGUCGGCCUCCACAGCCAGUGCCUCCCCACCGUCCGAGGAAGGGCUGUCCGUCCCGGGCCUGGCCCAGAGACCUCGCUCCUCCUCAGACCUCCGGGACUCCUCCGUCACCUUGUCUCUGGCUCGCGCCUCUUGCUUCCCCCUGCGUCGCCUCAGUUCCCCGGCUGCCCCCUGCUCCCCUCUCCGCUCCCCCACCUCCUCCUCCUCGCCGUCCUCCUCCCACGGCCGCGCCUCGCUUCCCUGCAUCCCCAAGCUGGGCCUGGUGUCCCGCACCAAACGAGCUCUGGAGCGCCGUAGCUCGACGUCCAGCGAUGGAGGCACCAACCCCCUUGCUGACUCUGGUGAGAACAGUCGGCUAACCUGCCCACUGCCAUCUGCCGACACCCUCUCCACCUCCCCACAGCUCACCUACGGCUCCGGAUCCGUCUCAAGCUCCGGUUCCGGCUCCAGUCCUUCUGGGUCACUCCUCUCCGGCACCAGGUCCGGUUCCCUGCCCUCCAAGCCUGCCCCUCUCCUCCACUUCACCCUGCUCUUCUCAUCUUCCUCUGGGAUGCUGUGCGUCACCGUGCUGGGGAUUUCCGGCGUCUCCAGGAGGAUGGGAGGGGUGUUUGUGCGUGCGAGCCUGCCACCACUGUACCCUACCGCUCUCCAGGCCUCCACCCGGCGCCGUAGCCUGAGUCCCGAGUUCCAGAGCCAGAGUUUCCAGCUGGAGGUGGGGGAUGUGGAUGUGCUCCGGGGGAACCGGCUGAGGCUGGCUGCCUACUGCAGGGACUUCUCCGGGCUGAGGGAGACCCCGCUGGGGGAGCUGGAGCUGCCCUGUGCCGACCUGGACUGGGAGCCAGACACCACCAUCACCUGCACCAGGCAGAUGGAUACCACCAGUCAGGUCAAGAGGAGACUGAAAAAGAGUGUGAGUUCCCAGGAGUCUGUGGGGGGUCGGCGGGUGUCUGUGUGUGGCCCUCCUCGUGUCCUGGGCCAGCUCUUUGUCCUGCUCCAGUAUCAGACGGUGGCCCACCGCAUCAAGGUCAUGGUCCGCAAGGCAGAGAACCUGGCCAAGCUGACACGCAUGCCAGGGACACCAGAUCACUUCGUGGUCAUCAACCUGAGACAGGGCGGUAAAGUGAUCGCUACCAAGGAGACGAAGGGGGCAGCAGGACACAAUGCGGUUUGGAACGCGCCUUUCCUAUUUGACCUGCCAGCUGGGGACAUCUCCUCACUAUCACUCGUUCUGGAGUUCAUCAUUAUGCAGGGCCGACUGUACACCAAAAGCAGCGUGCUCGGCCGUGUUUUUAUUGGAUAUGAGGGUCCGGAGUCUGGAGUGGUCCACUGGAAAGAGAUGUGUGCUCGAGGUCAGGUGGAGACAGCUCGCUGGCACACCCUCCAGCCAGAGAUGCUACUCGAGUGACCUCACAGUGCACUGUCCAACCACAAGCUUUCUUAGAAUGACCUCACAGUAUCUCAUCCAAUCAAAGAUGCUGUAAGAACAUCUAACCGUUAUUUUCUUCAUAUGACCUGUGUCCUUCAAAACCAAUUGCACAUGGAGCAAGAAGACAGGAACAAAAAAAACUGUGUAGCCUACGUUCAGGACCAAAAGAUCUCCAACUUUAGGAUCUGUUGUGUUGAGUGUUCCUCACUGCCAAAUUUUCUACCACUAAGUAAAUACAUCCUCUCAUUUCCCUUUUCUUAAAACCAUCUGAGCAUUUCUGUAUUUGUGCUUGCUAUGUGUCACUGCCACUACGGACUGAAUAUGUGGUGGACAUGCCAUUUUAUGGAACUCUGGGGUUGUCUGUGAGGUCACGAAUAACAUUCCGUCGCUUUCAGUGUGCAGUGCUGGACAGAUUGUGUUUGUGUGAAGACAUUGUGACUUAUACAGUGUGUGUUGUUGCAGCCUGUGCAUCACGCAUAGUCAUUGCAUGGUUUUAUUCUGACAACCUCGAUGUGGUUCUUGAAGUUACAGUUCCCAUCUAUAACACUACAGAGGGAAACGCUACAGUACGCUCAUGAUAUAGACUGACACUGACAAGCAUGGCUUGUUGAAUAGAUUAAGCUAAUAUAUGCGUGUUGGUAUGUCUCUCUCUCUUUCUCUCUCUCUCUCUCUCUCUCUCUCUCUCUCUCUCUCUCUCUCACACACACACACACACACACGUGCACACACACAUGUGUCCACCUUUCCAUCACAGUGUACCAAACAAUCAGUCUUACAGUACUUAUCUGAUAAUAUGUUUUAACGAGGUGCGAUAGAAACGCCACUGUGUUAUCACCGUCUACACUGUUAAUCAAGGUGGAAUGCCGACAUGAAGACUUUUUUUUGUUUAUUUAUGGACUGUGUUGUACAACUUGUUCUCAACUGUUUGAUGCAGUGAUAGUGAAAAUAAAAGUAGUGAACCUUA